AGGGGCCGCAAAUUUCGAGGUUGCGCACUGCUUGAGCGUUCUCGCGCAUCGCUGGCAUCCCUCCUGGCAGUGGCGAGCCAAAGAGCCCGCGCAACCAGGCACCGCAGCUGUGCAAGGCUGGCAAUAGGGACGACUGCCGCACGCGCAGCGCGGCGCACUCGCCUCGGUUUUCUGCCGCGCGGCCGUGAUGUCGUUCAUUUUGCUAAGAAUGAGCCCGUGUUCAUCCAUGCGAUCGUCGCGCGUACGAGGAACGGUCCUUGGAUAUUCCGCACGCGGGAGCCUCGGACGGACCGCGCGGGCUAAAAACGCCGAUUCAUUGAUCGAUGCGUGCACUACCACGCGCGGCGACUCUUGCGAUAAUUCCCGGUGCGCGCGGCGGCGGUCGGGCGUGUGCCGCCGGCUGAACAACUUUUGAGCAUCAAAUCGACACCUGCUGUUCGCGCUGCGCACUCCUGCGCGACUACGCCAGUCGCGCCAGGCGCAGGAGACACGAGGUCAACGUCGCGUCGAUGGCGUGGACGCCGACGCGGUGGGAAAGGUCGUUUCGAGCAUUAUCGCGGGCGUGGCCUGUGGCGGUCUCGCGGAUAGCAGAUGUCCAUGUAGCGGUACCGCAUCUCCGGGGACACGGGCGCCAAGUACGGAGGCGUCGUCGCCGCGACUCCGGUCGCGGUCGUGCUGAUCUGCAGCCGUUCCCCCUCCCCGGAUUCAGUAAGAGACACA